AUGACCUUGGACUGCAACUUCCCCGUCUCUUCUCCCUCUUCUUUACUGGUAUGCAAACCCUAAUGUUGCUUUGUAACCCUAAUUUUGCUCUGUAUUUCUGUUUAUGAGAAGGCUGCGAUGAUGAUGAGUUCAAAUAAUCUCGUUAAUCCGAUCUUCAUGUACGAGACGAUUCUAACAGACACAACACAUUUGAUCACCUCUCUCUCAAACCUACAUUUGAAGAAUAAAUGAUCUUGAGACUCCCAACCAUCCACACACAAGAGAUGAUCAACUUCAUUAGAGACAUAAGCCUGCACAAAUUGUAUAGAAGUACCAAUAGUCAGAACCAAGAGCAAAUCCUAUAAAGGUAGCAUGAAUUACCAUCAUGAAUAGAAAGGAAGAUAAUGAAUCACCUUGUCGUAGUCCCCAUUGAUCAUCAUAAAGAAAGGAGACAUGACUAAGGUCCCAAAAAUAAUCUAAUCAUCCUACCAAACACUGCAUCAAAGUUCUCCUGCCUAACCCGAGUCUCAAGAAAACAACAGAAACUAACAAUCCUACAUUUGACCGGGUCAUUCAACUUCGAAACUAACAAUCCUACAUUUGAUAGGGUCAUACGAACAGUAACCAUAGGGGCAUUAAUGAUUCCCCAUCCACCUCUACACACAACUCUAGUGACAAAAAAAAAACAGGCCUACCCACAGUAAGAUGAGUUUGCCACCUAAGUGCCACAGACUAUUAUCAAGCCCCUAGUCUCAAGACUCAGAUGUGAUGAAUUUAAAAAUAAUUAGGUCGUUGUCUAUUAUCAAGCCCUUAGUCUUAAGACUCAGAUGUGAUGAAUUUAAAAAUAAUUAGGUCGUUGUCUAGUAAAGUAAUCGUGGGUAUCUCCACACGUCCCCAAAUCCUCUAAAUAAGCCAAUAAAUCACGAAAUACAAUAGUUUCGCAUCCACAAAUUGACCCAUUAAGGAUUUGUCCCACAUACUAAUUCUCGCUUCAAGAACAUCCUCACAAGGUUCAACAACUCUAUCAUCCUCAACCAAUGGAGGAGUAAAUUCGAGGUCCCCUUUCAAUUCAACAAGAUCAUCCUCAAAAGGUGGAAUCACGCACUUCUCUCGACAAGUGAGAGGCGAUCGAAUGGUGGUUUCUGUUCAACGUGAUUGGAUCUGAGAUUGAUCUGCUCGCGUUUCUUUCUAGAUUUCUUCAAUUGGUUACUUGAUUCAUUGGUUGGUUACUUGAUUCAUUGGUAAAGCAUCUGGAUCUGAUGGUUUAGUUUGGAUGUGACUCGAUUGGUGUCCGGAUUUGGUGUGUUCGGUUGGAUAUGGAGUUUUGUUUGCAGGUGGUUCGUGUUUUGUAAAGCAUCUGGAUCUGAUGGUUUAAUUUGUUUUGUGUGCUAAAUCGAUGGUGCAUAAACGAUCACCGUUAAGAUUGAAGGAGAAGAAUGGUUCGCGAGUGUUGAGGCAGCCAUACCGUGUUAUGAAGCUUGAGAGUGAGCCAAUUGUUGUUGAGAAGGUUGGGUUGCGCUCGGAGAUGCAGGGUUCAGAGAUCCCUGUUAUGCAAUCGGACCGUUUGGAGGAGGGAAAGUUUGGUGGAACUGGUGUCGGAGAUAGGGAUUCGGUGGAUUUCAGUUCUGAGGAAGGUGGAGCGACGACCGUGGGGUUGAAGACGAAGGUGGCAUCAACCCUAGAACUGGUGGGUGCAAACCAGGUUUGGGGUGAAUUGGGUGGGGUUGGUUUUGGGGCUAGGGCUGUUGGGGGAACUGGGCUGGAUGUGCUGAAGAGUGGUUGGCUUCAAGUGAGGUUAAUGGGCAUUGUUUGAGUCCUACUUGGAGGAUGGGA